AUGAUCUUCCCGCUUCUUUGCAUCUCGGCCGCAUUCCUGGCUUCCGGGACAAAUGCAGUGUCGACUUUCACUCCCGCUAGACCUCCCGCUAUACCGCUGGCUGUGAAGUCCCCAUACUUGAGCACCUGGCUGCCGACAGGGAAAGAUGGUGGAAAUGGAGGAUACCUGGCGGGAGAAUGGCCGACCUUUUGGGAAGGCCAGAUCAAUGGCUGGGCCGGUAUGAUCCGCGUCGAUGGUCAUGUUUACACUUGGAUGGGAGGGAUACCAGGAACGGCGAUAGUCAACCAGACAGCCUAUGAAUACACGUCGACAAAGAGCAUCUUCACCUUGUAUGUCAAUGACACGGUCCAAAUGAAUGUUACAUUCUUAUCACCAAUCACGCCGGACGACCUGCGCAGACAAUCACUCAUAUUCUCUUAUCUUGAUGUGGACAUCGCUUCGCUUGACGGCAAGGACCAUGACGUGCAGUUGUACGCGGAUAUCUCUGCAGAAUGGGUGUCAGGAGACCGCAACGCCAUAGUGGAGUGGGACCACAGUGUCACCAAGAACGGUGUUUCUUAUCAUAAGAUCAAUCGCCAAACACAAUUGCUAUUCUCUGAGGUCAAGGAUCAGGCUGAGUGGGGUGACUGGUACUGGGCCACAGACAGCGGAAAUGGUCUUACUUAUCAGUCUGGAGCCGAUACUGCUGUUCGGGGCGCAUUCACCAAGAAUGGGAAGCUCGAUAACUCAAAGGAUACCAACUACCGUGCUAUUUCGAAUGACUGGCCGGUCUUCGGCUUUGCACGCGAUUUCGGCUCGGUGAAAUCGGCGGGUGCACUUUUUACCAUUGGUUUGGCUCAGAAAGAAGCGAUCCAGUACAGCGGUAGCUCGGAUGGAACUAUUGCAGAACCUUCACUAUGGACAAGUUACUUUGACGACGGUCAAGCUGCGCUUGAAUUCUUCCACCAUGACUUUGCGGAGUCGACUUCUCUCUCAUCCGACCUGGAUAAACGGAUUGCGACAGACUCUUAUGCUGCAGCUGGCCAGGACUACCUGACCAUCACGUCUCUCAGUACCCGCCAGGCAUUCGCUGCGACACAGCUAUGUGGAACAACAGAGAAUAUGUACCUGUUUAUGAAGGAGAUAUCUUCGAAUGGCAACAUGAACACAGUCGAUGUCAUCUUCCCGGCUCACCCUAUCUUCCUAUACACCAACCCGCAACUUUUGAGCCUGUUGGUGAAACCACUUUACGAGAUUCAAGAACGUGGCAAAUAUCCUAACAGAUACGCGAUGCACGAUAUCGGAAGUCAUUAUCCUAAUGCAACGGGCCACCCCGAUGGUAAUGAUGAGCCAAUGCCUCUGGAAGAAUGCGGCAACAUGGUGAUAAUGGCUCUGGCAUAUGCACUCAAGGCAGGGGAUUCGCAUUAUCUGGAUCUUCAUUACAAAUUCCUGAAGCAGUGGACAGGGUAUCUGGUAGAAGAUGCCAUCUACCCGGCGAACCAGAUAUCUACUGAUGACUUUGCUGGUCCUUUGGCAAACCAGACCAAUUUGGCCUUGAAAGGAAUCAUUGGUAUCCAAGCCAUGGCUGUUAUUGGAAACAUGACCAACGAUUCUGAAGUUGCUACCAAUUACUCACGUAUAGCCCAUGAUUAUAUCAACCGGUGGCAGACGCUGGGAAUUGCCCACGAUGCAAACCCACCACACACUACGUUGUCGUACGGAUCAAAUCAAUCCCAUGGACUUUUGUACAACCUCUACGCUGAUCGAGAGCUUAAGUUGAAUUUGGUUCCUCAGUCCGUGUAUGACAUGCAGAGCGAGUUCUAUCCCACGGUACAAAACACAUACGGAGUGCCACUUGAUACGCGGCAUGAAUAUACCAAGGGUGACUGGGAACUGUUUACAGCGGCCGUCGCCUCGAAAGACACAAGGGCCAUGUUCAUUCGGCGACUUGCGACGUGGAUUAACGAGACUCCUACGAACCGUGCCCUUACCGAUUUAUAUGAUACAGACAGUGGAGAUUAUCCUCCAAUAAUUUUCAUUGCCCGUCCCGUCAUGGGCGGUGCCUUUUCUUUAAUCCUUCUUGACCAGGGCCUGUGA